AUUGCAGCUUCUCGUUGCCAAUUAUUGUUAUUAUUAUCAAAAAUUGUAUCAUUUAAAACUGUUGCAGUCCAGCAGAAAAGCACAGGCCAAUGCUUUUUUCCCCUCGCGUUUUCAUGUACUGCGAGCAAGCAUAGCUAUUUUGGUCGAACGAGGGCGCUCGCUCAGAGGAGAUGUGCUGACAGGCGCUCGAGUAGGCUGUAUUUCCCUCAUCCAGCACACCCGAUGACAUUACAUUCAUUACCUCUAAGAUCCAGUGAACUAAAUCAGCUGUCAUACGUUUACUAUCGAAUAAACCGGACCGACGAGCACUGAAGCCAUAUAAUACUUAUUGGUGCGACUAGACUUCUGCAGCGUCAAGGAAAUUCAUCCAGUGUGCUCGAAACAGAAUAAUAACCAUGUCACUGUAUCCAUCUCUAGAAGACAUGAAGGUGGAUAAGUUCAUGAAGGCACAGAACACCACUACUGCGAGCCCAUUAAAAGCUUUACCUCUUCCAGAACCUGAGCCUUACUAUGAUGCAAAAUCUGAAGAGAUAGCUACUUCUAGCAGGUUGUACCCUGAGCUGAAUGAGUUUAUGGGUCUAAAUCUCAGUGCAGAAGCUCAAGAAACUCUUUCCUCUUCAGUUCCUGACCAGACCAGUGGGGCUCUUAGUGUCUGCACACAUGGAAUGAGCUGGGCGGCAGCCCCCAUAACCGGAAGUGACCUGGGGGUGAAGCGGGCAGAGAUUCGACAGGGUGUACGGGAGGUGGUGCUGUGCAAAGACAUGGAUGGGAAGAUUGGCCUCCGCCUCAAAGUCAUAGAUAAUGGCGUGUUUGUGCAAUUAGUGCAGGCUAACACUCCUGCAGCACUGGCAGGGCUGCGCUUUGGUGAUCAGAUUCUGCAGAUCAAUGGCAAAUCAUGUGCCGGCUGGAGUAGUGAUAAUGCACAUAAGGAGCUUAAGAAUGCCAACCCAGAGAAGAUCACUUUGGCUGUGCGAGACAGGCCAUUGGAGCGAACUGUUACUCUUCACAAGGACAUGAACGGGCAGCUCGGCUUUCUUUUUAAAAAGGGUCGAAUCACCUCAAUAGUAAAAGACAGCUCAGCUGCACGUAACGGCCUCCUUACUGAUCAUCAGAUCUGUGAGAUCAAUGGUCAGAAUAUAAUCGGACUGAAGGACUCCCAAAUCACAGACAUUCUUAAUUCCAGCAGAGGAGUUGUCACGGUAACUGUGAUGCCAGUGGUCAUCUUUGAACACAUGAUGAAAAGGAUGUCCAGCAGUAUUGUAAAGUCACUAAUGGACCAUUCUAUUCCUGAGGUGUGAGAUCGUUUGGAUCAAACUGUACAGCUGAGGAUGAUUUGGCCACAGCUUUUGGAGGGCUCACAUUUUGUUUGGAGCACAAGUUUAGUUGUGUGUCCACAAUCAUGUGAUUUUAAGUAUGUUUAUGUACGUUUAAGUUAUUGUCGGGCAACAAAAGACAAAGCAAGGAUAACACGAGAGAUAUUUGUUUCAGUUUUUCCUUUAAAUUAAUAGUGUACCCAAAAAUGAC